GAUGCUUUCCUGACCAAGAAUUUUUCAUUCAUAUUUAAAGAUAUGCAUGUAAAAGGUAACAUCGAUGUUCCUGUUUUGAAUAAUCUCCAAAUGUCUGAUUUAAUGCAUGCUAAAAAACUUCAGAUUUGCAAAGGCAGAACAGCUUUUGAUAGAGUCCAGCUGAAGAGUUUACACUCAAAAAAUCUUAAAUUUUCUACACUUAAAGAUAAAAACAUUGAUAAUUAUUUUUUAUCUACUUUGAUGCCGCAAAAACACAUUCUCAGUGCAAAAUUCAAGAAUAUUAAAGCAAUAAAAUUGCUUGUUUCUGGCUUAUUGAAUGGAAAGGUUCUCAACAGAUUGUAUGAUUCUGUUGUUACUUUGGAUUCCAAUCAAAAGAUUUUAGCUAAUUGUAUGUUUUCAAGUCCAUUAAAUCUUAAAGUGCUUAAUGUAUCAAAUUUAAUUGAUUUGAAUUCAGUUGUUGUACGUGAUGUUUCAAGCUUAAUAAUUUCUCAUAAGGAGUUUAUUGGAUCUUUCUCUGCUGAAAACUUGUGGCUAUAUGGCAAAAUAAAUAAUGUUUCAAUAAAUGAUCUGAGUAUGAAUGCUUUUCUAAAAAAUUCUCGAAAUAUCAUCCAGAAAGUGAUUACUUUUCAGUCAAAUUUUUCAACACCCUCUUUAAAGGUUGAUCUGAAUGCUACACUUGAUCAUGUAAAGUUUUCUGAGCUUCUAAAAGUUGAAGAUCCACUGCAUGCUGAUGUAUUCCAGACUUCUUCUGUUUAUGUUGAAAACUUAACUAUCAAUGGGCAAAUAAAUCAAUGUGGCUCAUUUUUGGAAUUAUUUGAAAGUGUAUUACAAAAAAAUAAAGGACAAACAAUCUUCAUGAGCAAGAAUUUUAAUAGUUUAAACAUUGAUGGAAGUAUAUUUGUGGAAAAAGAUAUAAAUGGUUUAUCAGCCCAUGAUAUUAAUCAUAAAUUAUCAUUCCUUGAAGGAGAGAAUGAAUCAAAGAAUUAUAAGUUUUUUAAUGUUGGUGCAAUCUGGUUGAAAGUUUCGAAUUUUCUUAAUGGCAUUGAUGUGAACUUUAUUAUAAAAGACUCAAUUACUAAAGAGGGAACUGAGGAAAUUGCUGGUAGAAAAAAAUUCACAAAUUUGUUUCUGAAGAGUUUAAAUGUGUUAAACGUGAAGUCUGAUUCCAUUUGUGGUGUUGAUAUUGUAUUGCUUGCAAGCAACUAUGUAAGCAGAACAAAGAGAAACCAGAAGUUGUUUUUAUCGAAACUUCCUAAGAUGCAUGUGAAAAAUGCUAUUUUUGAAAAACAAUUAAAUGGUCUGAAAUUGCCUGAAGAUUUAGUCUUAACAAACAGUGAUGAAAUAAUAGCUUUCCCUGUGUACUUUCAAAAUGCAACUAGAAUGUCUUCUGAUUUAAUUGUUUUUGGAUCUUUAGAUGGUGUUAAUAUUUCUCAGUUGUUAAGAAAUAAGGUAUCUUUAAGUGAUUUCAGUAAUCUACAGUCAAGUUUAAAAUUUCUUGACAAUACCAAUAUUUUGGGAAAUUUGGCUAUCAAUGGAUUGGUGAAUAACAUUCAUUUUUCGAACGUUAUAAAAUUGUCUGGAUUCUCAGUUGUUCAUUCUAGAAAAGCUUUUAACAAGCAUUUGUUCAUACCAAAAAUCACAGUGCUUGGAUCUAUUAACAAUAAAUCUGUAAAAGCUCUUUCACAAAUUAUUAGUAAAUAUUAUGAAGCUGCAAAUUUUUCAAAAUUGGUUCAAUUUUUUAACUUGAAUCUGUCAUCUUUAUUGAUAACUGAUGAUGUAAAUGAUGUACCAAUGACUAAUUUGUGGAACUCUGUCCAUAUUGUUGAAGAAAAAGUGUAUGAAUCAUUAGAUAAAUUUUCAGAAGUUAUUAAUCAGCACAACAAAGAUCUAUAUGAUAUUGAAGAUGGAGUUAAUUAUCAUCCUUCUUCAUUUGGUUUCUUUAUAUUACAUCAGUUGUUGAAUGUUGGUACCUCUGUCCAGGCAUUACCUUUUUAUGAAUCUGGAGUGUCUGGGAGUGCCUCUGAUGUGUUUAGUUUGCAAAUUAUAAUAUGGACAAAACAAAAUGCGACAUGCAGUUAUUUUAAAUCCACAAUCAUGGACAUACAUCCAAAUGGCACCCUUGAAAAAAGUGACACAGUAAAUGGAAGGCUAUUCCCUUUUACUCUUGGACUGUUUGAAGAAAAUGUUAAGGGUCUCAUGUUUCAUUCUGACAGACGUAUACCGUGCAUUGGAGAGGAUAAAGAAAAUGUAAUUAAAACUAUAUAUUUCAAUGGAGAUACUCAUCCGAGUACAAUCACAACACCUCAUAACUCUGAAGUUGUAGAUGCUAAAUUUAUUGAAUUAGACACUGGUGUUUUUCUGCUAGUUGCAUACAAUAUGAAAAGGGACGGGGAAAAACUUUACUUAUAUGAACAUGACCCAUUCAAAGAUAUUUGGUCCAUUCAUCAAAAAUUUCAUUCCUGGAAUAUUUCUUCUGUUGAUAUCAUGUAUCUUGAUGAUUUUGAUUCAAAUGAAAUAUAUUUGGCGGUCACUGGAGAUGGCACAGAGUCCGGAAUUCAUCUUUAUACCUGGGACUUUGAUGACAAUUUGUUUGGCUUCAAGUUUGACAUACCUGAGUCUACAGCAGGCAUUGUGUUGUGGGUUAGAGUUGACAAAAGCAUUUAUUUACUCCAUGCGGAAGAAAAAACUAUGGUCCAGCAGAACCAUGUCUGGGUUGAUACUUAUACUGAAUCAGUUAAAGUAUAUCUUCUAGAUGAUCUUGAUGAUUUAAUUGUUGAUCAUACUAUUAAUGUUCAAGGUAUAAGUUCCCUAGAGCAGUUCAAGUUAUUAGGAGAAACAUAUGUUCUUGGAGUCAGUCACCAUUCACAAAUGGUUUACAUAAUUCAGCAUCGUGGUUUUAAUGGUUUUGAAGUUAUUCAAGAAAUAAAUGCUCCUGGAGUAGUUCAUGCAAAGAUAUACGUGACACCAAAUCACGAUCUUUUUAUCAUAAUAAGUUCAACAACAGGCCAUACACGCAUUCUGAAAUCUGCUAUUCGAGGCAGUGCUCAUGUGGAGUAAUUAUAAACAAAUUGUCAUGCGAAUGUUUUAGUUUAAGGUUAAUCAAAUAAAUUCAUUUAAUAUUUUU